GGCGCGCCGCUGCGGCAGCGGCUCCAGACGUCCCGGUGGACCUCGGUCGGCAUCUGCGCCUUCGUGCUCCUGGGGCACGCCAGGCGCUGGGCGACUGAAGACGCGGCCGAGGACGAGCACCAGGCCAGUUCCGCUCCGGAGGCCCCGUUGAGGCGGCUGCGAGAGGCAGCUGGCGGCUCGAGUGUCGGCGACAAGUACCCGCCCGACCUGGUCCUCACCAAGCCCUACAGGGACGAUCCCAACCGGUGGCUGGUGAUCCUGCAUGUCAUAGGCAUCGGGUAUAUGCUGCUCGGCCUGAACACGGUCUGCGACGUAUACUUCACGGGGGCCCUGGAGGAAAUGGUCGAGAACUGGGAUGUGCAGGACGACGUCGCGGGCGCAACCUUCAUGGCUGCAGGCGGCUCAGCACCCGAGUUCUUCACUGCGCUCAUCGGCACGACCAUUGUGGAGAACGACGUAGGAUUUGGAACGAUCGUGGGGUCUGCCGUGUUCAACGUUCUGUUCGUCAUCGGCCUCUGUGGCUGGGUGGCGCCCACCGCGAUGGAACUGACCUGGUGGCCGCUCUUCAGGGACUGUUCCUACUAUCCCGGUUGCUUGCAGCACGUUCCGGCAGCGUGCCAGCAGCGCAGCAUUCUGUAUGGCGACCCGUCUUGGAGUGCCACGAAGGCCGUAUGCAGCAUGGGACCCAUGCCGAUUCUGUCGAUGCAACAUAUGUUGAACAUGUUCUCCCCUUUGCUGUCCCCCCCUUUCGCCCGGCCUGCUUCUCGCUCGUGGCGGCACGUGCGCACCCCGGAGGGCCUCUGUGGCCCAGCCCGGGGCCACGGGGCCGCAGCGCUGCGCGCAGGGCUGCUGCACGUGCGCGCCCCGCGCUGCCAGACCUCAAGGGUCGUGCGCCUGCUCACGGCGUGGCCCCCAACCUCUCGACCCACCCUGGAGGUAGUUCUCGUCUCGCAGGUCGUUGGUGGCUGGUCUGCUCGAGGACGGCCCCGGAGGAUGGCGCGACCUCGGGCAAAAGUUUAA